UGUUACUUUAAAAAACGAACUCCAUAACAAGCUAACUAAUGGAGAAUUUUAUAUUUUCCUUUGCUCUUUCAAUCAUAUUAUUAAACAGCUUCACCCUCUCUUUGAAUUCCACCACAGAUAAAUAUGCACUUACUUCCUUCAAAAACUCCAUCACUUCCUACCCUUAUGCCUUCAAUUGGCCACAAAACACAUCUGUUUGUGAUUGGAUUGGUGUAUCGUGCGGCCUCAAACAUGGCCGUGUCACUGCUCUCAAUCUCUCUGGCUACGGCCUUGUUGGAACUGUCGCUCCACAUCUCGGAAACUUAACGUUUCUGAGAUAUUUGGACACCAGUUCCAAUAGUUUCGCGGGGAUCUUACCCUUUGAGCUCUCUAAGCUGCGCCGUUUGAAGGUAAUGAACAUGGGAAUGAAUUCAUUCACCGGAGAAAUACCAACAUGGUUUGGCAGUUUACCUCAACUAGAGGAACUCUAUCUGUUCAACAACACUUUUGUAGGUACAAUUCCUUCAUCUUUGGUUAACAAUUCCAUGUUAGAAAUAUUGCACUUGUACCGUAAUCAAUUGAGUGAAUCCAUUCCACAUGGUAUUUUCUAUAUGUCUUCACUCAGAGAUGUUAGAAUUAGAAAUAAUAGCCUAUCAGGUUGGCUCCCAAAUGAUAUGUGCAACAAUAUGCCAAACAUCAAAGCUUUGGUACUUUCUCAUAACCAAAUUGGAGGGCAGAUUCCACCAAAUAUAUGGAAAUGCAAACGUCUCGAGACGUUAUCGUUAUCCUAUAACAAUUUCAAUGGCAACAUCCCGCGUGAAAUCGGGAGAUUGAGGGUGCUUAGAGAGCUGUACUUGGGAUAUGUUAAUGGUUUUCAAGGAGGGAUUCCAAUAGAAAUAGGAAAUCUUUCAAGGCUAGAGAUAUUGCACAUCGACCAUGCUUCUCUAACUGGAGAUAUUCCUUCUUCAAUCUUCAACAUUUCUUCCUUGAGGGUCUUGAGUUUGGUUUACAAUAAUUUGUCAGUUGUCGACGGGAUUUCGCCUCCCGGGACUUCUAAUCUAUCUUCCGGUAUCGCGUUAAGGAGAUUAUCCUUAACAAUUGGUGCUUUCAUCCUCGAACUCAUGGCCGAAGUCAAUCUUCCUUCAUGGUCGGAGAUAUCGCAAGCAUCUGAAGGCUUGCAAUGGAAUUCAACAGCAGCAACAUGGGAGAAUAUUCUCGCUAGGCUCGCCCGGCUCGAGACCCGAUUGGUUGAGCAUGAGCGCAGAGUAGCAGUAACGCACUCUCCGCUCCGGCCCGAACCUGAUCCACCCGACCAUGUGUUGGCCUCGUUGGGGCGCUUGGAGGCGCGUUUGGAUGCGUCGGAGAGGCGUGCGGCCUUCGCACAGCCGCCGCCGCGGCCCGACCCCGAUCCACCGUACGCGGAUUGGCAGAGGGGGGGAGAGGAAUCAGGGCGGCAGAGAGCAGUUUUAACUGCAGCAACCGCGGUUCAACUGAUAUGUUUUGUACUGCUAACUGAUAUAUUUUGUGUUAUUAACUGAUAGUUAUCAAUGUUCUCAUUAUUUUGAGAUAGUUCUGAAA